GACGGCAAGAUGGCGCACAUGUUGGUGUUGCGUCGGGAACAUUAAUUUUAUAUCACUUAAUUAUCAUAUUUCCAGACAAUUUUAGGACUUCACAUUCAGCCGUUUUGUAAAGAUGACUUCUGUACAUUGCGUAGUGCAUCCAUUACCAGGCACUGACGACCAGCUCAAUGACAGAUUGCGAGAAGUAGCAGAGAAGAUAAGCCACCAUGGGUUCUCAAGUCCACUGGCAUUUUCUGCCAUCAGAAAUCUCACAGUGGUUCAGUGUGUUGUAGGACCAAACUACAUAGCACUACUACUUGAGGAUGGAAGAAUUUGCCGUAUUUCAUUUGCUGUUGUCAAUGACAGAUUGGACCUCAACAAGUCUGAAAAUAAACCGGUCGCAAAGGUCAGUCGUCCCGAACGUGAGAGGACAUCUGUACCUAGAGCAGGAACACAUGUUGUGGACAGUCCCAUGGUGCUGGUCUCGGAUGUCCUCGGGUCCAACGCUGAACAGACUGCUGGACGAUGGGGCACUGCAGUAACUACAGCUGGUGGGGCAGCAUCACGCAAUAACAACCAACAGGCCUACAGUCGCAUGCAGAGAGCAGUCCAUGUGAGCAGAGGUCGGAGGUCAGGGGUAAUAGUAGGAACACGACCCUUGGUCCCUGCCUCUGUGGUCCCAGAAGAUCUUAUUAGUCAGUGUCAAGUUGUCUUACAAGGAAAGUCAAGAAAUUUAAUAAUCAGAGAAUUACAGAGAACAAAUUUGGAUGUGAAUCUGGCAGUGAACAACCUACUGAGUCGUGAUGACGAGGGCGAAGCAGACGAUGACGAUAGCCAAGACUCUUACAUGCCUGACGAUCUUAUCUCACUCCUCGACUCGGGGAUACACGCUGACCAUCCUAGCGUGAUCAUUGAUGCCGACACCAUGUAUAAUGAGGAUGUGUUUGGCUACUCCACUCUCCGUACCAGGGGCUCUGGCACCAGAUCUAGGCUAGGAGACCGAGAGAGAGAUUUAGACCGUGACCGAGAGAGGGAGUCAAUAUUCCGUAUCCGUGACCGUCGGCGGCUAGACACCACACUACGUGACGAGGCCCUGAAGGCACUAGAUCGAGACAAGGCAGAGAACAUGGAGGCGGAGAAUCUGAAGAAGCAGACAAUGACUGGCCAGAGUCCCGUGGCUUUGGGGGAGGAGCUCCAGUUUUGGACUGAAAAGGAAGGAAACAGUCCAAAAUUCUCCCACAUUGCCGCCAUGCAUUCUGAGCUGGUCGCCGUAGGAACUAACGGACAGCUGUAUAGCUGGAGGUGGAAUGACCCUGAGCCAUAUAAAAAUCUUGAUAACCCCAGUCUGAAACAUCCGAAGGCCGUAUCUCUGUGCUUAGUCAAUGAGAAGAUCGUUGGUCUGUCAGCAUGUAAUGUACGUGCAUCGGUGUUCACCGAGUCGGAUAAAGUCGCCACCUGGGUUGACGAGACGUUGAACACUGUUGCAUCUAAACUGGAGCAUGUUGCUCAGACGUUCCCAGAAUUCACCACAGACAAGAUUGUCUCGCUACAUACAUGUUCACUCUACACGUGUGCCAGACUGGAAAGUGGUGCCCUCUACUGGUGGGGUGUCAUGCCAUUUGGUCAGAGGAAAAAGUUGGUCGAGAGAACAAAGACCAAGAAAAAGAAGACUAAAGAUGGCCCAGCAUCUGCAUCAUCUUCUGGAACCAGCGAUAUUGUCACAGGAACGCUGGUUUGUCUGCGGAGCUCCCCCAUGUACCACGCUGGAGCGCUGGCGUUUGCAACGAUAGAUGGAGUACCCAAGGUCGGUCAGUUGCUUGGGUCCGCCUGGUCACUGAGUGACACAUGUCGAUUCAAACUGAUCAAGACCCCGCCAUGUGAACCUAAGCCAGAGGUCAAAUUAGAGGUUAAGGUCAGCGAGAGUCGUAUGGAGAUGCCACCCCCUCCUUCUCCAGAUUCCUCUACUUGUAGUGACCACAGUGGACCCACACUGGUCAGUCCAGCCUCACUCAAAAGAAAGAAAGCGCCUACACCCAUCAAGGAAGUGGAAAAGAAGGACGAAGAAAGCUGGCCUCUGAAGAAUGUGAUAUUUGUUGAGGAUGUGAAAACUGUGCCUGUUGGAAAAGUACUGAAGGUUGAUGGGGCGUAUGCAGCGGUACGGUUUCAGCUGAAGGACAAUCCAGAAGCUGGGGGAAGUAAGGAAGAUUUGACCAGUCUGUUACAGGACUGUCGACUUCUCAGGAAGGAUGACCUCCAGGUUGUGAAGAGUGCAAGCGCCCCACGUCUGCCAGAUUGUUUCCAGAAGACACCCAAGAAAGUGACAAUCUCGGAGAAUGGUCAGAUCCUAGCAGUGGCCGUAGAUUGUGAUGGCAUCCAUGUCAUCUGUCGAUUGGGGGCGCGGCUAAGUUACCUUGUGUAUAACCUCACAACUGGCAAGGUGGAACAAGACUCUGUCUUCCCAACAGAUGCUCAGGCCUUCAUGGGGAGUCACCGUAGCGACAUAACGCUACACAACACAGGGGACGAACUGCUGGUUCAGCUACAGGAUGGUAAUGGAGCUAUCUACCCUCUGGCCAAGGACUGUACAGAGGGAAUACGUGACCCCCUCUGGCUGAACCUGCCCCCGGUCAGGUGUCUCGGGAUGAGGGUACAGUCGUUAAACAACAUGAUCCCCAACAUGAAGAACAAGGCCGCUGUACUGGUACUGGCAGUCGAGCUUCAAGUACUGAUCCCUCACAUUCUCCGCUGUAACCUUGAUAAGGUCAAAUCUAUCCUUGCAUCAUUAGAGAAGGAACCAGGAACAGCGUCUAGUCAGAAGUUGUUACAGGAUAUUCUGAGGGAACACUGUGACGGUAACAGGAACAUAAUGCACACAUGUGUGGCCAUGUGUGUGCCUACCUCAAACAAGGACUACGACAAUGAUGCAGCUGCAGCAGGAACAACAACCACCACUACGCCCACUACAACCACGACUAGUGCCUUCACGUCUGCAUUGGAGGCCAUCAAUGCCGUUAGCAGUGCUGUAGAUGCACUCGCUGCAAUACAGUCCCGAUCCACCACCGACCCAAGCUCCCGCAGCGUGACCCUGCGCGAGAUGAUGCGCCGAGCCUCUUCUGCUGCUCGAGCAGUGAGUGGUAUGGAGGCGCGGGAAAGAGAGGAAAGGGAGGAAGCCACCGUAGCCACACCCACCAUCUCCUGGAACCCUGACCCUCCCCCGAGCUACGAGUCACUGUACCCUGAGGUGAGCACCAUCUCCAUGGCACCGGUGAAGCUGGAAGAGAAAGAGCGCCGGACCAUCGCAGUACAGAUGCUGCGCUUGCUGUGUGAUUCACCAUCUCUUCAGCCUCAUCUUCGUGACCUCCUCUCUGCUAGGAACGCUGAGGGCUGUACACCAUUCAUGCAAGCUGUGAAAGGAUGUGCCUAUGCAGGAGCCAUUACUUUGUUUGAAUGUGCUAAGAAGAUUGCGAGCGGUGACUCCAGUGAACCUGACAAGCCGUCGUUGAUGAGUAUGAUCUAUCCGACGGGAUCGAGUCUGGAUAACUCCCCACUACAGGUGUUGUGUUGUAACGAUACCUGUAGUUUUACCUGGACGGGACGUGAACACAUCAAACAGGACAUCUUUGAGUGUAAGACCUGCGGCCUUACUGGAUCGCUGUGUUGCUGUACAGAGUGUGCCAGAGUUUGCCAUAAGGGCCAUGACUGCAAGAUGAAGAAGACAUCGCCCACUGCAUACUGUGAUUGUUGGGAGAAGUGUAAAUGUAAGGCGCUCAUUGCUGGUCAGCAAGGGCCGCGCUUCGACCUCCUCAAUCGACUUCUGUCGGAGACGGACCUUGUCAUACUGCCAAACAGCAGGGGCGAGAACAUUCUGUUGUUCCUUGUGCAGACAGUGGGCCGGCAGGUUGUGGAGCAGCGCCAGUACCGGGCAUCACGGCCACGAGUCCCUGCCCCACGCAAACCAAUCCUUCCCGACAUAGGUCAGUGGACCCCUCGGCCCACUGGACACAAAUAUAACAAAGCUAGCAAAUCCCAGCUAGCCACAAAUGUGGAAAUGCCCGAGCAUGACCUCGAACCUCCACGGUUCAGCCGGCGGGCACUGGAGCGGAUCCUCAAUGACUGGACUGCCGUCAAGGCUAUGAUCCUGAGUGGGAAGAAACAAUCAAGAACCAGCUCGCCAGACCUGAUGUACGAGGACCAGCUGUAUCUGGACAGUCAGACUGGAACAGCUAGACUGGAUAAGUUCACACACAACUUGCUGGUCAAGUGUAGCACGGAGAUGCUGGAUACACUACUUACGACCCUGAUUCGUGAGAUGCAGAAUGACAGUGUUGAUGGGAGAAAGGCAGAAGCUCGCACCAUCGCACAGAGAUUCUUACGCUCCGUUGCCAGGAUCUUUGUCGUCCUUAAUGUAGAAAUGACCCCCUCUACUAAUAAGAAAAAGAGUUCCACCUUGACAUCAUGCCAGCCGCUAGUGAAAUGUAAGCGAGCAUUCCAAGCUUUGAUUAACAUUGCUAUUGAGGAGCUGUGUGAAAUAGCCAACUCCCUUAUAGCCCCUGUUCGGAUGGGUGUGACCCGACCCACUGCUCCAUUCUCACUCGUUUCUGCAAAUGGCGAGGCCAUACAGGGCAGUGAAGAGGUUUUUAAUGUAGACCCAAUCCCUCCGAGGUCUGAACCCACGGACACGGACACCCACCCUGUCACAGCCUACAUCCCACACCCUAGUCAAGCACGACGCCAGCCAGCCCAUCCCAACACUGACCGCGAUGAUGAUGAUAUCAUGGCUGCGGAUGUAGAAGAGGUGGAGGUUGUGGAUGGUGGGGAGGAUGAAGGUAGUGACCAUGACGACCGUGACGACCACCAGUCAGAACACUCUGACGCGGACCAUGGCCAGGCGGAACAGGAGGAGGGUGUAGCUGAGAGUGACAUGGACCUUGACCUUCUCGCCGAGUCUGACAGUGACAGUGAUAGUAGUCAUAGUAACCAAGAUAAUGUCAGUGUUCAGCGAAGUGCCGUUACAGCAGCCACAGCAGGCUCGGAUGCCGGCCUUGGUAGUCUGGCUCACUUCUCCGAGGACUCUGGCGAGUCGUCUAAUCAGGAAGACGACUACGAGAGCGAGGGUGACCAGAGUGACAAUAACGACGCAGAUGACAUGAACUACAUUGACGAACAGCUGGAGCGAUGUAAUACAUCAGGUACCCAUGGCCAGCGGACACUCCAGGCUCCUCAGACCAUGCAGUGGGCCAUCAGACAAAGGGAGGCAACCACAGCCCGACCUCCCCCGGCCACUGGUACUACCACAAAUACAGGAGGCAGUGGAGGUCUUAUCUAUAUUGACCCAUCAACACUUCGGAGGACGACUACCGUCACUACGACAACCCCAGCAGUGCAAGAUACAGCUGUCACCAUGACAACCACGGCCAGCCAAUUGGCACGUGCAUUUGGGAUCGUGGUGCGACAGAUUGCAGACUUGUUGACAAUGUUGCAAGACUAUCACGCGUUGGCACCCAGUCUGCCACGUGUACUUGAUAUCACUGAUCAGGACUCUAUAGACCUCCAGUUGUACACGGAGGACCACCUGAAGAUCACGUGGGAAUGGCUUGUUGACGUGAUGGAUGCCACUGAAGCCCAGCUCCGCUUCGGCUCGGCACUCAGCCACACAACCGACCCAGCCAACCCUGGUCAUCCUCUCCAUUCCAACUACGUCCGCACCAUGCGGGACCGCACGAACCGUGAGGAGAACCGCAUUCUACAGGUCCUGGAUCGACGUCGUGCACGAUUCGGCACCAUAAGUUCUGAUGGUAACGUGGCUAGACGCGACUUCCUCAACUACGCCUUGUCACUGAUGAGGUCACACAACGACGAACACUCCGACACUCUCCCUAGUCUCGACAUCUCCGCCAUGCGCCACGUCGCAUAUGUCUUUGAUGCUCUCAUCUACUAUAUGCGCAGCAGUACUGACACGGACAGUGAGGUUUUCCGUGAUGGAAUCUCUGUCAUUUCGUGGGACCACGACGAGAAUGAGAAUGAGGAGCAUGAGGAUGAACCGGUUAACAACAGUCUGUCAAUGGAUGCAGAGAGUGUGGAUGGUGAAAGUGAUGUCACAGCCAAAUCUGGACGAAAACAUUCGUUCUUUCAUCGCACCGAUUCCACAAUAUUCCUUGGAUGCCCACCUCCAGACCCGUUCCAGACGCCACUAGUAGAAGCGUUGCCAUUGGCUGACCAGCCUCACCUGCUUCAGCCUAAUGCACGUCGUGAAGACAUGUUCGGUAUGAUUCAUCACACUGUACCACCACACAGAGGGGGUGGGGACUCGAGUGCUCUACAGUCCUCUCCACAUCGCACUCAUUUUGAUAAACUUCCUGUGAGAAUGGGAUUUGCUAGUCGUAUGUCUGAUUCCUCUCAGGCCUCCGGACAGUCAAGUGGACUAGUGUUCUCUGCACAAGGCGGGGCACAGCAGUCUUCCCUGGCCCCUGACCUGGCUUUUAGUAACCCCAGUGUGAUUGUGAAACCUUCAAAUGUGUCCACUGCGGGGGCCACACCAGUUCCCAUGGAUACUAGUAACAGAGCUGCUGUGGAAACCAUUGUACAACAAGCCACAAACAUUGUUUUACAGGGAAGUUCUUCAUUAGGGUCAAGUUCUGGGAUCUUGGGGUCAAAUUCAGGGACUCCUUCAGCCCUGACUGACAUGGACACAGAAUCCCCAGCAUCACCAAUCGUACCAAAACCAAAGGUCGAAGGUUCAGGACAAGGCCAGCAGGCCAGUGUCAUUGUUCAUGCUAGCUCGUCCUCGUCCCAGACACCCUUGAUGGCUCAGCCACCAACGUCCCAAGGCGUGGCAUUGUCACACAACGUUCUCAUGAUUCCAGCCAGAUCUUACAGUAUGCCUUUUGGUGCGUUGAGUCGUAGCAACACAAUAUCAGGAGCCAGCAGUGAACUCACGCUGACUGGACUAAGCAGUAUCGACCAGGCGUCUUCAUCUUCAGGUCAAAGGUCAGCAACCCAGAGUCAGAGUUCAGCCAUGGAUAUAACCACUAGCAUGGACCUAUCACAGGGGUCUUCUCUUCACAGUGGAGAAACCCCCCUUGCACCAACGGGAAGUAGUCUGUCAGCACCACCUAGUGGCAGUUUGUCUACAGGGCCUAGUAUUCCAUCAACAGGAUCACUUGCUACUCUGCCAUCAUCAUCCCUAGGGGGCAGCCUUGGAGACACCAUUCAAAGUUCAAGCCUGGACACUCCAGUAGAUAUUGUUGGAGCUCAUGAAAAUGUGUCUAACACGGUUGUUGUGGAGACAUCACAGACGGGAGUACUCUCCCCUGCCACCGGAACACAGGCUGCUAACAGGCAUCAGAGUAAUGAACAAAUGUACAUUGGUCACAUGACACUGGUGUCACAUGACGUGUUGUUGGGGCGAUGGCGUCUGGCCCUGGAGUUGUUUGGAGGCGUGUUUUGUGAUGAUGUGGGAGCAGAGCCGGGAUCUGUCAUCAGUGAACUCGGCGGAUUCCCCGUCAAGGAGAGCAAGUUCCGACGCGAGAUGGAGAAGAUUCGAAACUCGCAACAGAAAGAUCUCACGUUGGAGGUUGAAAGGGAUAGGAACCUGCUGAUCAUUCAGGCCUUCCGACAGCUCAACACGCUCUUCAACCGCCGCACCAACAGCAACAGCCAGCCAUUGGCUGUACAUCGAGUCAAGGUCACUUUCAAGGACGAGCCUGGAGAAGGCAGUGGAGUUGCCCGGAGCUUUUACACAGCCCUAGCUAAUGCGGUUUUGUCCCAGGAGAAACUGCCCGCUCUAGAUGGUGUGAUAGUUGGUGGAAAGAGCCUGCAGUACAGUCUGAUCCAGAGAGCUCGGUCACGUGAACGAGAGCGUGAUCGGCAGAGAGCAGCAGUCCAGCGACAAAGAAGUCGUGACCGUGAGACACGACGUACACUGUCCUACGACGCUCCGCCAUUCUACAUGCCGGCUGAAAGUGCCAACGCCAAUCCCGCGACCACGCCCCCGAGUGUGGCCGUACCCAACCCCACGGAGGGGGCAGGGGUGCCGCCACCAGAGGGUAGCAACAGUGACACCAUAUCACAGUAUCGCAGACAACUGGGCGAGCGCUUGUAUCCCAGAGUGCGGGUUCUACAGCCUUCACUGGCCCCAAAGGUCACCGGAAUGCUGUUAGAGUUAUCUCCGGCCCAACUCCUGCUGAUGCUGACCUCCGAGGAGACACUACGGCAACGUGUGGACGAAGCUGUCGACAUCAUCCUCUCACAUGGCAGAGAACUUAGUGCAGAAGCACUACUUGACCUAGAUAUAUUUAAUUUGUCAUCAUCUGACAAGAAAAAGAAAUCAACUGGGUCAGAUCGCCGUAGCGAUGUUGAGGAAGAAGACGAUUUAGAAGACAGCGCCCCGCUAUUCUGGCAACCAGGAAAACGAGGAUUUUAUUCACCAAGACCAGGGAAAAACACAGCUGAACGGCUGAAUGCCUUCAGAAAUGUUGGCCGGGUUCUUGGUUUGUGUCUUCUACAAAAUGAACUAUGUCCACUCUUCCUCAACCGACACGUUCUGAAAUAUAUCCUGGGGCGCAAAAUCGGCUGGCACGAUUUAGCAUUCUUUGACCCCGUCAUGUACGAGAGUCUACGUCAGCUCGUCCAAGACUCCGAGAUGAGAGACGCCUCUCUUCUUUUCACUGCCCUCGACAUGAACUUCUGUGUAGAGUUGUGUGCAGAGGAGGGCGGGGAGCAGGUCGAGUUGAUGACAAAUGGUUCUGACGUGGAAGUUAAUGCUCAGAAUGUACACGACUAUGUACGACGUUACGCAGAGUAUAGAAUGGUGAAGGUCGCAGACAAGGCACUCAAGAACCUGCGCCUUGGUGUAUUUGAUGUGAUACCAUCCAAUUCACUGGAGGGUCUAACGUCUGAGGACCUGCGUCUGCUGCUGAACGGUGUCGGCGACAUUAACGUACAGACUCUCAUUAGCUACACAUCGUUUAACGAUGAGAGUGGUGAAAAUAAUGACAAGGUACAGAGGUUCAAGCGGUGGUUCUGGUCCGUUGUGGAGAAGAUGAACAAUCAUGAAAGACAGGACCUGGUGUAUUUCUGGACGUCCAGUCCCGCACUGCCAGCUAGUGAAGAAGGAUUUCAGCCGAUGCCAAGCAUCACGAUACGGCCAGCUGACGACGAUCAUCUACCGACAGCAAACACUUGUAUCUCGCGUCUUUAUAUCCCUCUAUACUCCUCCAAACUGGUGCUCCGCAGCAAACUCAUCCUGGCCAUCAAAACUAAGGCCUUCGGAUUUGUCUGAGAUGUACUGGAAAUCCAUUCUUUGUCACAUUUUAGGGAGCAAAACCCAUAAAACAUUUCUCAGUUUUUUGAGAAAAUGGCAAUAUUCUGACUUGCCUGAAUUUACAAUUAGAUUCGGAUUUGGAAUCUGCUUGCCAACAUUCUCUGUUUUUGGUUUAAUGAAACAUUUUUAAACCCCAAGAAGUUGCACAAGUGUCAGAAUUAUGAGUUGGUGUCAACAACUAUCUUAUUUAAUGGGAAAUGGAUAAUUCCAAGAAAUUCUGAAGGUAAUGAUGACGCACCGAGUCACAUUUCCCAAAGUUAGGUACAGCUUUUCUUGUGGAACUUGUGUGGAUGGAAGAUGAUUUUCCUACGUAAAACAGAACAGUUUUGAGUUGGUAGACUUGUUCAUCCAGUGGUACGUUAUCUUCAUGGGAUGGAUACAGUAAAAGAGGAAUUUAUAGACGAUUGAUCAACAGCAGCUUUCCAAAUUAAAUAACGCAUUAUAUGUUAAAUUUUGACUUUUCAAGUAACAUCUAUUUUAAUAUCCUUGCAUAGGCGUUCUCGAAUGUUUGAAGAGAUAAGAUGGAACAUUCUAGUUUUGCAAUUAUUAGUGCAUCAUCGUUUUAAGGUGUAACGUUUUCUAAGAUGAAGAAAAUUAAUUAUGACUUUGAGAGUUGAUGUGCUAAAAACUGAUAACCACUGAAAUAGAUUUAUAAAUUGUAAAAUGGGAAAUUGAUAGCUACUGCCAUACUCGCCAAGGUGAACUAGUUUUGACAUCAUUCCAAUGUGGAAUGCUUUAAGGCCUAUAGCAGGAUUCAAAAUGCUGGCAUCAUUUAUUCAUUUAUGUGUAGUCUUAUCGUACUUCAGUCGUUCAAGUAUACAAUAUUUAUAUGUUUGGCAUUCAUGAGAUAAUGAAUGCAAAUACUUUUCAUUUAAAUUCAGCGAUCUGACUAAGAGACAGGUACAAUUAUUUAAAUCCCAUCAAUAAGUGCUAAAUCUAUUUAAUUCUGAUAUGCUGUAUAUAUUUACAGUGUAAUAUACAAUGGCAAAUCAUUCUUCUUUCCUUUUAAUGAUAUAAUCUGGACUAUAAGCUGAUUAUUUCUGUAUAAGAUUAAUAUAGUCAAAACAAAUUCAUUUCCAAGUAUAUUAUUACUAAUUUAAAGACAUUUGAGAAAUGUUACAAGUGUUAUUGGUAUCUCAAUAUUAUCUCUGUUCGAUUCACAAAAUAUUUUAAUUCCAUUUUCAAAAUAUUUCUGUAUUGUCCGAUAUUUCAGUACAAUUUUCUAUUGGAACUUCUACAAGUAAGUCCUGUUUUAUGUGCGUUUGUUACUACAUUUCUGUUCGCCAAUAAGUGAAUUGCUGGAAAUUUAUACGGAUAAAUUAGUAUCGUCAUUUGGGUCUGGGUUUAUUUUAUCAAAUUUUACUCUUAUUGAGAGGGGGAAUUAUUUCAGAAGUACCGGUAAGAAUUUUAUGUGCUGAAUUUCCAUACAAUUAAUUCAGUAACUUGCAAAUUAUUUAUGUUCUGUUUUCUGUCAAGGAUAUUUUCAUGAACUGUAUUCACUUCCAAAGACUUGUGGACAGUUUAAUUCCUGAUACUUAGACAUUUUAGGUACUGUAUUUUCCCCAUAGCCAUGUGCUAUAGAUUCAUUUCUGAAUGGAUUAGAAUUUAUAGGUGUACAGUACUUUAUUCUGACCAUUGUGGAGGAAUGUGUACGUUACUUGGAAUCGUGUGUUUUAGGUAUUAAAUGUGAACCUGUUUUAGGCGUACAUGUUGUUUGUCAGAUUAUGGUUAUCAUAUGCUUGAUCAUAGCAGGUCCUUGGCCAGUGAGACACCUACUUUAGUAAGUGUGGUUUUCUUGUUUUAAUGUACUUGUAAGAGGCGUGGAAAUUCUUCUGUGUGUGGCAGGAAAAAAUGAUUUAAUAUGUUUAUUUAAUAGUUUGUCACUUUGUGUAAAAAAUGUAUUUACAUUGGAAGGCGUAAUGCACUGCAAUAGAUUCUUGAUUCUGAUCAUUUAGCCAGAGGGCUUCUAACAUGUAUCAUCAGUUUUACAUGGAUUAAUCCAUAAAUAUUGUAAUUCACAAUUACAUUUCAUACUGCUGUCAAUUCUUUUCUUUGUGAUAAUUUAUACCAGGUACUGGUAUAUAUAUAGGUCAUGUUGUUCAAAGUAUGCUCAGCUUAACAAGCCAUUUAGAAAAUUGUUCAAAUACUGGGUAUAUAAUAUGAUUUUUGAGAAAUGCCUGAAAAUCUAUUUUUUACAACCUUUUUUGUAUUUCCUUGAUUGAGGAUUAAUUUCAGUCGGUGUACAUUUACUAGAUUAAAAUUUUGCAAUAAAUUGUUGUAAGCUAGUCAUGCUUUGAACAGCUGGGCCUCUGUGAUUUCCCCCACAACAAAUAUGUGUAUCUUGUGCUUCUAUAUCGGUCAAAUAUUGAAACAAAAUGUGAUCAUGAUGUUAAUAUGGCUAUUUGAAUUUCCAUUGCUACUUUAAGAUAGAGAGCCUCGUUGUUCUGUGCUGUAUCUCCACUGAGGGAUAUUUUGGCGUUUCUUCUGGCUUGGAGUUGAUUACUCAUUUACAAUAGCAACACUAGGAAAGAAGGCAAGAAACUUUUAUAACAAUUUCCUGUUUCAUAAAAAACAUCUCUGCCAAGAGGAUGCAGUUCUCAAACGUCUUGAUUUUAUCAAUUGCGCUACUGGUAAUGAUAUUUGUUCAUAUUUUUUGCAACAUUACUGUGAAUUAUUUCGAGUCUUCCAACUCAUUAGUCGUCUUUGUACAAAUAUAAAGAAAAUAAUUAAUGUAAACUUAACUGGAAAAUAACUCUUGGCUUGUAUAGAGUAGAAAAGUGUUCGGGCUCUCUACCUUAAAGAAAGGUUAUCAUUUGAUUAGAAUAAUUUAGAACUUUUGGAGCUGUUUCAUUUGGCUCCAUCAUGGGUUGAAGAUUGCUUGUGGUACACUGGAAGUGUAUGCAGCAUGGUAAAAGAUUAUUGGUCAUGGUCAGGUCAUAUUAAAUUUUAAAUGAAGAGGAACCAAACACAUUUAGCUAUCUAUUGUACAGUUGAAAGUUUAGAGUAGAAUGAGUGUGUAACAGAUGUAGCAAGUUUGAAUGUGGAAUGUUUGAUGGAACAUUACUAUGGUAAAUAAUCUUUUCCUUAAGGAUUGAGCUUCUGUUUGAAAUUUCGGUGCUGAAAGGGGGUUUCAUUUAAUUGAAAUGAUAUUUGCCACGGAUAUUUUUUACUGGACACUGUUUCUAGGAGAACUUUCAAACAAAAUGUGUUUCAACUCUUCCCCUCCUCCCUUCCAUAGAAUUAUCAGGGUGUGUGGUGGUGGGGGGAGGAGGCAUAUGAGUGAUUUAAACCCUUUAGCCUCUUACAUUGAUGGGGACUAAAAUAAAAACUAUUUAAGCAUGUGACUUAUCUAAAAACAAUCAAAAUUAAAGGGUUCAAAACCAACAUCAGUGAGAUACAGUAUCUGUAUGUUAAAAAUGCAGAAAUCAUACUGUUUUGUGAUAGGUAUGAAAAUGUGAUUCAGAAAAAUGUUCAUAUAUAUUAACCCAAUGAAAAUAUAACUUUGGAAUUUAAAGAUUAUGAUUCGUCUUGGAACAAUCUGUUCAGAUUGCAAACAGAUCAACUUUGAGCAAGAGACAUUGGGUAUAAGACUUUUCCUUAGGAGAAAUAAAGGAAAGUACUUGUUUUAUAUUAUUUGGGGGCAAAAAAGGAUUGAACUUCUCCUUUUCAAACUAGAUUCCAUCAGAUGUGUAUUCGGAGGAAUGUGACUUGUAUGAUUCUGUACUAUUGGAGAGCUAGGGUGUAAUUGUUUGUGUGACAGUAUAUAAUAAAGGACAUCUUGAAAAUAGU